CCCUGACCCCCCCCUCUCUUUCCAGCUGGAAGGGAAGAUUCCAGAGGUCGCGUUUCUCAAGUGAACGUUGGAGAUCCCCGCCCCCUCCCCGGGCCCCUCCCGUGUUCCGUUCCCGCCGCAGCCCCGAGUUUUGUAAAUAAAUCGAUCGAUUAUUGAUUAUUGAUCGCUCCCGCCGCCCAUUCGGGACGCGGCGCCUUUAAGGGGGGGGGCGUCGAGGGCAGGGCGGGAACGCGCCAGCAACAAAGAUGGCGGAGGGUGCGACGCGGAAGCGGGAGCUGAUUGGCUGAGGCGGAUGUGGCGCCGCAGCUGAUUGGCUGAGCCGCCACGCGGAAGCCGAUUGGCUGCGGCUCCUCUUUGGAUUGGCUGACGCGCUGCGUGACCCGGAAGUACCGGAGGCGCUGCCGGUGAUGGCGGCGCGGGCGGCGCUGGAGGCCGCGGCCGUGGCGCGGGACGUGGUUUUGUUCCAGCACGACCGCAGCCGCUUCUUCCGCCUCGUGGGGCUCUUCUGCGCGGGACAGGGGCUCUUCUGGGCCUACCUGGCUCACUUCGCCUACACGUCGCUGCGCCCCGCGCCCGGCCCCGGUCCCGACGAUCCGCUGCGACCCCGCGACAACAAAUGGCGCUACGGCUUCACGGCGUCCUGCCUCACCGUCGGCUCGCUGGUGCUGGCGGCGGGCUGGCUGCUGCCGCUGCGCUCGGUGCACCGGGUGACGCUGCUGCGGGGCGGCUCCGCCGUCACCAUCGGGACCCACGGGCCGCUGGGGCUGGGCCGGCGCUCGUUCACCGUGCCGCUCCGGGACGUGUCCGGCCGCGCUCACCGGGCAGAGGUGGCCGCCGCCAUCCCCAUCAAGGUGCGGGGCCGCCCCUUCUUCUUCCUGCUGGACAAGGCCGGGCAGCUCAGCGACCCCCGGCUCUUCGAUGUCACCGUGGGCGCCUUCCGAAAGUUCUAGAGCGCUGCGGGCCCGGGGGACACGCGGGGGACACCGGGGGACCCCGGCCCGCUCCCUCCGGGGGGCUUUGGGGGGGUCUCCGGUUUGUCACCCCUCAAUAAACGCUGAGGAACCCGCGG